CUAAAUUUGUCCUAAAUGUAUUCACGACGUACACGUUUUAAAUAAAAUCUGACGUGUCCACUGUCGAUUUCAGAUUUCUUCCUGUUUAUUCGCUAGCCGAUCUCUCAGCUUCUAAGCUUCUCUUCCUUUCCCUCACUUUUCUUCUUCAACAAUUUUCAUUUCAAAUACACACAAGGAGAGAGAUUCACAAAAAUAUACAUACGCACACAUAUAUAUACAUAUAUAUAUAUAUAUAUAUAUAUAUACGCACAUAUAUUGUAUAUAUAUAAAUUAUACAUAUAUAGAUAGGUUUUUUGGAAUUGAAAAAUAAGCGGCAAUGGCACUGCUAAGGAAAUUGUUUUAUAGGAAGCCGCCUGAUGGACUAUUGGAGAUCUGCGAGAGAGUUUACGUGUUUGAUUGCUGUUUCACCACUGAUGUUUGGGAGGAAGAAAAUUACAAAGGCUAUGUAGGAGGUGUGAUUAGUCAACUUCGGGAUCAUUACCCUGACGUUUCAAUAUUGGUUUUUAAUUUUCGUGAAGGGGAAUCACAGAGCCCAAUGGCAAAUACUCUGUCUGAGUAUGAUCUGACAAUAAUGGACUACCCUCGGCACUAUGAGGGUUGUCCCUUGCUUUCAAUGGAGGUGAUACACCAUUUUCUAAGAUCCAGUGAAAGUUGGCUCUCACUUGGGCAGCAAAACGUGCUUUUAAUGCAUUGUGAACGGGGUGGUUGGCCAGUUUUGGCAUUUAUGUUGGCUGCAUUAUUGAUAUACAGGAAACAUUACACUGGAGAGCAGAAGACUUUAGACAUGAUUUAUAAGCAGGCUCCUCGUGAGCUUUUGUACUUGCUGCAGCCACUGAAUCCAAUUCCUUCUCAGCUAAGAUACCUACAGUAUGUAGCGAGGAGGAAUGUGAACAUGCAGUGGCCUCCACUGGAUAGAGCACUCACUUUGGAUUGCAUCAUUAUUAGGGCGAUACCUAAUUUUGAUGGCGAGGGUGGUUGCCGGCCUAUAUUUCGUAUCUAUGGACAGGAUCCAUUUCUAGUUUCUGAUCGAUCGCCAAAAAUUUUGUUCUCAACUCCAAAGAAAAAUAAAGUUGUCCGUCACUACAAGCAGGCAGAAUGUGAAUUAGUUAAGAUUGAUAUCAAUUGCCAUAUUCAAGGAGAUGUUGUAUUGGAAUGUAUUUGUUUGCACGAUGACCUGGAGCGGGAACAGAUGAUGUUUAGGACCAUGUUUAAUACAGCUUUUGUUAGGUCAAACAUCUUGAUACUUAAUCGUGAUGAACUUGAUACUUUAUGGGAUGCUAAAGAUCAAUUUCCAAAAGACUUCAGAGCAGAGGUUCUUUUCUCAGAGAUGGACACUGCUGCUUCUGUUCUUCCUGCAGAUUUGUCCUGUUUUGAGGAGAAGGAUGGCCUACCAGUGGAGGCAUUUGCCAAAGUUCAGGAGAUCUUUAACAGUGUAGAUUGGGUAAGUCCGAAGGGAGCUGCUGCUCGUAAUGUUAUCCAACAAAUAACCACAUCAGGUCUGAUCCAGGAAAAGUUGGAAUCUACUCCUCCACAGUCUGUAGACACUGGCAUGCUCGUCGAUCAAGCAACUUUGGAGAAGCCUGGAGAGAGGAAGGGACCUGCACCACCGGACAAUACUGCUAAGGGCUCGUCACCAUUUAUGUUGGAGCAGCAGUCGGUGUCAUCCAUCAAAUUAUCCUCCAAAGUACACCAAAGUGACCAACAGAAAGAUGAAUCUCAAUUUAUUGGGACCAAAAGUGAGAUGAAGGUGUCAAAAUUGCAGCCAUCAAUCCCUCUUUUAAAACCUUCUCCUCCUGACCUUAGUACAGAAUCUAGUGCUUCUUCUGUGUCAUCACAACCAUCUCCACGUGUUCUGCCAACGUCAGAACGUCCUACACUUAUAAAAGAGUUGGAUCCUCAUAUACCAGAAUGUGGUAAGCUGAAUACCUUUCCUACCCUACCUGAAACCAAGACUCCGCCGUUUAAGACCAGUAUUCCAACUCCACCUCCAUCCUCACCCUUACCUGGAAAGGAUCAGGGUGUUAGUACUGGACUAUCUCUAUCUCCACUUACUCCUCCCGUGAAAGAUAAAAUAGUCACUGCCACUGUACCUUUUGCCCAGGCUACUCCACCCAGAACCCAAGGCCCUCUAAUUGAAUCCUCCAAGGAUGAAAGACCUACUAUGUCUCAACCUGAUACAUCUCUACUUCCUCUAACAGCGCAGCAGCCAGCUGAUGAAGCUGCUAAAAGGGAAUCUGCUCCACCUCCUCAUUGUACUGGAUUAUCUCUAUCUCCUCCAUCAGUGGCACCAGCACCGCACACUCCUCCCGUGAAGGAUAAAUUAGUCACAGGAAUUGUACCUUCUGCAUCCCAAGCUACUCCACCCAGAGGUCCUCCAAUUGUAUCAUUGAAGGAUGACAGACCUACUAUGCCUCAACCUGAUACAUCUCUACUUCCUGUAACAACACAGCGGCCAGCUGAUGAAGCUGCUAAAAGGGAACCUAUUCCACCUCCUCAUCCUUCUGGAAGUUGUCCUCCAUCCCUAGCUCCUUCUCCUAGUUCCUCUUCUCCAUCAGCUGCCGUUCCCUUUGUCAAACCUGUAGAACAAACAGUCAUCCAUAGGAGUAAAGUUUCACAGCCGCCACCACCACCGCCACCUCUACAACAUUCAACCCCUCUAUUGAAUGAUAAUGUUGCUUCUGUUGGUGGAUCACCUCUACCACCUGCUCCUCCUACCCCACCUUUGAAGGAACAUUCAGCUUUCAGAGGUGUUCCAUCACCUCCACCACCGCCUUCUCCUCGAGAUCCAUGCCCGUUACUUGUCACCCCAGUAUUGAACAAGAAUUCUGCCUGUACCAGUGGGCUGCUUGAACUAGUUCCAACUUUGAAGGAAAGUUUAGCUUUUAGAGAUAAGCCACUACCACCUCCACCUCCACCUCCACCUCCACCUACAACUCCAUGCCAAUUGACUACAACCCCAAUAUUAAACGCAAAUUCUGGCUCUAUUACUGGACCGCCUCCGCCUCCACCUCCACCUACGCCACCUUUGAAGGAAAAAGUAGUUUUCAGUGGUGGAGUGCCACCACCCCCAUGCCAGUUGACUACAACCCCAAUAUUGAACGCAAAUUCUGCCUCUAUUGGUGGAUCGCCUCAACCUCCACCUCCACCCACUCCACCUUUGAAGGAAAAAGUUGUUUCCCAAAGUGGAGUACGACCACCUCCCCCUCCACCUCUUCCUGGGCAACCUAUGAAGGAGAGCUCCUCGUUUAGUGGUGGACCCUCUCCACCACCACCCCCUCCGUUGCCUGCUGCAGCUUCUAAGCCUGCGAAUAUAUCUGCAGUGCCUCCUCCUCCUCCUCCUCCUGCAUUGGGUUCUCCACAGAAUGUUCCUUCCGCUCCCCCUCCUCCAGUCCCUUCUCUUAAGGCAGAUCUAAAACCAGGUUCUGGUCUGACACAGUCAGCAUCAAAAUGUAGUAAUCUCCCUUCUUCUCCAUCUCCGCCCCCACCUUCUGCUCCUCCGCCUGGACUAAAGGGCCGAGGACCAUUAUCUCGUACCAUGAAUUCAAGAAGCCAGUCAUCGAAGAAACUGAAGCCAUUACAUUGGUUAAAGAUAUCUAGAGCAGUCUCAGGAAGCUUGUGGGCGGAGGCUCAAAAAUGUAGUGAUGCUCCCAAGGCACCAGAGAUUGAUAUAUCAGAGCUUGAAUCUCUGUUUUCAGCUGCAGUUCCAACUUCAGGACAAGGUGGUUCAGGAGGGAAAAGGAAUUCGAGGACCUCAAUGGGGCAGAAGCCAGAGAAAGUGCAGCUGGUUGAUCAUAGACGAGCUUAUAAUUGUGAAAUCAUGCUUUCUAAGGUGAAAAUACCACUGCAUGACAUGCUGAGCUCAGUGCUUGCACUGGAAGAUUCAGCAUUAGAUGUGGAUCAGGUGGAGAAUCUGAUUAAGUUUUGCCCGACUAAGGAGGAGAUGGAAACUCUGAAGGGUUAUAAAGGAGAGAAGGAGAAGUUGGGUCGAUGCGAACAGUUCAUGUUAGAGUUGAUGCAAGUACCACGAAUAGAGUCCAAGCUGCGAGUUUUUUCGUUUAAGAUUCAGUUUGAAUCUCAGGUUUCUGAGCUAAGGAAGAGUCUGAAUAUUGUGAAUUCGGCAGCUGAUCAGAUCAAAGGUUCAUCAAAAUUGAAAAGGAUUAUGCAGACAAUUCUCUCUCUCGGGAAUGCUUUGAACCAGGGAACCGCCAGAGGUUGGGUUAACAAUCUCUUUCCGUUCAAGCAUUUAUCUUGCUAUUGAUUUCUUCACUGUUACCUCUU